AUGGAUGUUGCAAGUAUGGAGACCGAUUAUUCUUCGGAUGUUGUUGUACCUCAGGAGCUGCGCGUCCUUGCUGUUGAUGACAGUCUCGUUGAUAGGAAGGUUAUCGAGCGCUUGCUCAAGAUUUCUCACUGCAAAGCGAUUGCCGUCGAAAGUGGGACGAGGGCUCUGCAGUAUUUGGGCUUGGACGAGGAGAAGAACUCUUCUGGGUUUGAUGAUGACUUGAAGGUGAAUCUGAUAAUGACUGACUAUUCUAUGCCUGGCAUGACUGGAUUUGAGCUUCUCCAGAAGAUCAAGGGCUCGGCCAAGCUCAAGGGAAUCCCGGUUGUGAUCAUGUCGUCCGAGAACAUAAUGGCUCGUAUCGAUAGGUGUUUGGAGGAAGGGGCUGAAGAAUACCUCGUGAAGCCGGUAAAGCUCUCGGAUGUCGAGAGGGUCAGAGAUUGCAUUUUGCGAGGCAAGGAUAAAACAGGGAAUUUACUGAACCCUAAGAGGAAAAUCGGAGUCGAGCCUCAACCACCACCACCACCGGCUAUCGACUGUGAAACUGAUCCAGUGGGGCCCACAUCAUCAGUGCCCAUCAGCCAUGAAAGCCCGACUUCCCCUCGUCCGGGCCCAGAACUUCAGCCCGAGCCGCACGAUCAGCCUCUUGCCAAGCGCCCAAGUUUGGUGGCUGCCGCAGAUCGACUUUGA